AUGGAGGGCCAUUCCGAACAGUCGCAUACCGUCUCGGAUUCCCAGGCCCAUAUCCAGUCCUCCAGGCAACAAUCCAGCUCAACUGGCGAGACCUACCACCAUGAUGCAAGCUCCGGACCCACCACGGAACAAGUCCACCAGACCACCGAAGCUCCCAUUGAUGCAACUUUAACCGACAGCUCAACCGUCAGCUCGUCGGUAAGCGACGAAGAUGGCCGCUGGGGAGAGCAGAAGGCCGGAAAGGCCGUGUCCCGCAGCGGCGCUAUGGAGGACAUGGAAGAGAUGCGCCGCGAACUCACCCGUCUCAGCCUGAGUCGCACCCGCUCUGCCACUAAGAGUCUUCGUCGCCGAAAGUCGCAGGCCAGCCGCCGCGAUGAAGAAAAAGGCCAGGACGAAGAAGAGACCGAGGACGAGGCUGCCGACAGCUUCGAUCUAGGUGAGUUCCUAACCGGUGGUCAUCUGGAGCGUCGCACGACCGCUGGCGAACCCGCCAAGAAGGUCGGCGUUGUCUUCAAGAACCUUACCGUGCAAGGCGUGGAGACUGGCGCAUCCUUCGUGCGCACCCUCCCCCAGGCUGUGGUCGGCACCUUCGGCCCGGACUUGUACAAUAUCCAGGAGGACACCCGCCGCUUCCAGUCCACCGUCGCGCAGUCCAAGUCCAAGUCCGUCUCCAAGAAGUCACCAUAUACCGUUUCGUUCGUGCGCCAGGUCAUGGCUUGCGUGCAACGCGAGUUCUGGCUGCUCUGGGGUGACAAGACCUCUCUCUACACGAAGUAUUUCAUCGUUAUCUCCAACGCCCUCAUCGUUUCCUCCUUGUUCUACGGAGAAUCUCUAGAUACUAGCGGCGCUUUCUCGCGUGGCGGUGCUCUGUUCUUCUCGAUUCUGUUCCUUGGUUGGAUGCAACUGACUGAGCUGAUGCCUGCUGUCACUGGCCGCGGCAUUGUGGCCCGCCACAAGGAUUACGCUUUCUACCGCCCCUCUGCCGUCUCCAUUGCCCGUGUCAUUGUCGACUUCCCUGCUAUCUUGGCCAUGGUUAUUCCGUUCACGAUUGUCGUCUAUUUCAUGAGUGGUCUCGAUGUCACGGCUUCCAAGUUCUUCAUCUACUUCCUGUUCGUGUACACGACCACCUUCUGCAUCACCUCGCUCUAUCGUAUGUUCGCUGCGCUGUCCCCGACCAUCGAUGACGCGGUGCGAUUCAGUGGUAUUGCGCUGAACCUGCUUAUUUUGUUUGUCGGUUAUGUCAUUCCCAAGCAGACUCUUAUCAAGGACUCUAUCUGGUUCGGGUGGCUGUUCUAUGUCAACCCGAUCGCGUACAGUUACGAGGCCGUCUUGACAAACGAGUUCUCCGAUCGUGUCAUGGAGUGCAAUCCAUCUCAGCUUAUUCCACAGGGUCCAGGCGUGGACCCCAGGUACCAGGGCUGUGCUUUGACUGGAUCGACAUUAGGCGAAUCAUCUAUUACCGGAUCUCAGUACUUGACUGCCAACUUCCAGUUCACGCGCAGCCAUCUCUGGCGUAACUUUGGUGUUGUCAUUGCCUUCACUGUGCUGUACCUCCUCGUUACUGUCAUCGCUGCUGAGGUUCUCUCGUUCGUUGGUGGUGGAGGCGGUGCUCUGGUCUUCAAAAAGUCCAAGCGCACUAAGAAGGUCGCUACCCCGGCCAGCAACGAUGAAGAGAAGUGA